CCCGCUCCCCGCCCCCCGUGUCCCGCGGCCCGCGGCUGGCCGGAGGAAGUCGCUGCAGGUGGUUGAGCAAACGGCGUUUCCGCGGAGCUCGCUCCCUCGGCCGGUCCUCCCUCCCCCGAGGCCACCGCCAUGGUCGGCCGCCUCAGCCUGCAGGAUGUCCCCGAGCUCCUGGACAUGAAGAAGAAGGGGGACGGGAUCCUGGAUAGCCCAGACUCGGGGCUGCCCCCCAGCCCCAGCCCCAGCCACUGGCUGCUGGCCCCGGGAGGCGGAGGCGGCGGCGGCGCGGGCGCCGAGCGGGGGCUGGCCCCGGGGCUGCUGGAGGCCGACGCGGCAGCCCCAGGACCCGCGGCCACGAAUUCGGUCUUCCUACCCAAUCCCUUGGGGCCUGGCUGCUCUCCAAGGCUCUGCCCCCUGUCUUUUGGUGAAGGAGUUGAAUUUGACCCAUUGCCUCCAAAGGAAAUAAGGUACACCUCCUCGGUGAAGUACGACUCGGAGAAGCACUUCAUCGACAACAUUUACAUGCCGGUGGGGCUGGCGGUCUCCUCCUGCAGCCAGACCGUGGUCUGCAUCCCCGGCUGCACCUGGCGCAACUACAAAGCCGAGCUGCGCUUCGAGCCCCGGAACAAGGCCCUGCGGUUCCUGAGCACCACCAUCAUCUACCCCAAGCACACCAAGACCGUGUACACCACCACCCUGGAUUACAACUGCCGCAAGUCCGCGAGGCGCUUUCUGUCCAGCGUGGAGCUCGAGGCCUCCGAGUGCCCGGCGAGCGACUACCUCUUGGACGAAUGCUGACGGAGACGGGGGGCGACGGGAUGCAGGGCGCUCCUCCGAGCGGCUGCUCGUGCUUCGGUCUAAGUGAAAACGGGCCUUUGUUCCCCAGUCGUUUUGAAGCAGCCUUCUCUAUCAUUCUAGUUUCGUGUGUCGGCCUUGGCAAAGGAGAGGGAAAAAACCCCACCUCUGGCGUCUUUGGUUACUAUGGGAAUUGGAUUUUAGCUUUUCUUUCUAAAAGCAUUUCUUUUUCUUGGCUCAUGGUUGCAGAUCCCCCAGAGUAUCAAUUGAAUAACAAAUAAAGGAAAGAUCCAAGUAAAAAGAAAAGAAGAAGAAAAAAACAUUAAAAUCAAAAACAUGGUUCCUCCUGGAGAGGGAGGGCCAAGCUUGUCUGUGGUGGAGUGUGGAAAAAGGCUUCUGGGUGGAAAGAGUGAACUUCCCACUUGAAGCAACUUCUGUUGGAAGUCAUGGUACUUGCUGCCUAAGUUAUCCCACUCCCAUGGGCUCAGUCUGUGUAAACUGAGGGCCUUGGGUUAUUUCUGUUUCCAUCCGAAUGCAGACCUCGUCCCUCCUCUUUGCACCAGUGGUCGAAGACUCCCAGAAGCCUGUGCUAAGGCGAUGUUUCCACCAUGGCUGCCUUAUGAAUGUUGCUGAAAUUUAGUUCACUGAUCCGAAGAGAAGCCCAAAAGAUUUCGGUUAACCAUUUCGCUAGUCAUGAGGAAAGCCUCUUGUCUUCUUCUCCGCGGGCCCUGGCGACCUGCCUUGCAUCUCUGGAAUCCCGCUAAGGCCGCCGCAGAUUUGUGGAACUCUUCUGCUAUGUACACUGGGGUUUCCAAAUACUUUCCUAGGCUCCAUAAGGCAAAAUAUAGGAUGGCACAUAUUUGAGCAGACUGUCAUUUUUAAGGCUGCUCUGAUGGAAUGCUUUUAAGAUUUCUCAAGAUUGUUGCCUUUUGACUCAUAACUGGAAAUGAAUGGCUCGGGUCGUGUCUGGAUAUUAUUUAGGAGGGAGACAUCUCUAUUCCCUAGGUUCUCUGGGAACUUAUGCUGGUGUCCUUACCCAAGCUUCACACGUGUUCUGUCCAAAAGAAAUUACAUUCGGAGCAGAAUCCCUGUUACCCAAAGGGCGAUCAAUGCCUGGAUUACAGGGGGCAGAAGAAAAAAAUUAGCUUUGGAGUCAGAUUUCAAUUCUAAUCAGAGAAGAGUCAUAAUCCAAACAUCCAAACUGUGUUACUAUAAGGUUUUGAUUUUUGCUAAAGGGUCAAAGGAUCCUGGAUUCUCAGAAUCACUUGAGAUGGCCCCUCAAAAGAGCUUUGUUAGUUCAGCAAAAUCAGCCAUGGGAAGAUGAGAGAAUCUAUGUGGGGGUCACUCUUGCAGACAGAGUCCAGGCAGACAAACCGUUUCUUUUCUUAGGCCUCUGGGUGCCUUCUGAAGCCCUGAAAGCUUGACUCCCUCCCAGCAUUCUCCCUCAGUAUGAGCCCCCACUAAUUUUGGCAUCUGUUGCCUGCCAAACCUCCAUUUCAUGUUAGACAAGGCGGAGGUGGGAGGUGGAAGGAAGUGGGCUAGUUAUUGUACACGAACUUGUAUCAGAGCAUUGAAUGACAACAUAGAAGGGUCUUGAGCAGUCCGAGGGGGACAAGAACACAUGUGUGGCCCUUCUUCGCUGGCUUAGGAGCUCCCCCGACCAAGGUGGCCUCUCUGGAGCCCAAGCUUUUUAAUUUAAGAGAAAUUUGGGCAGAAUCUAAGAGAAUCCAGGGGUUCAGGUAAGCAGCUCAGGUAGGCCUUUUGAGAAAAAGGAAGUGGGUCGGUGGUUUUUCUUGUUUUCCUGUCAGAAGGAACAAAACACAGAUAUGCACUUUGAGUAUGUUCUAAUUCGGGCUCUGUCCCUGCUGAGCUGUGGAACUAUGGGCAAGCCAUUCGAGUUUUGGGGGGCUCAGUUUUCUCCUCUUUAAAAGGAGGUUGAAGUUGAUGAUUUCCAACUCUGAGAUUUGGUGAGCCUCUUCUAAGGGGCAUAGAGUCCAAGGGUCCUCAAACUACGACCCGUGGGCCAGAUGCGGCAGCUGAGGAUGUUUAUCCCCCUCACCCAGGGCUAUGAAGUUUCUUUAUUUAAAGGCCCACAAAACCAAGUUUUUGUUUUUACUGUAGUCCGGCCCUCCAACAGUCUGAGGGACAGUGAACUGGCCCCCUAUUUAAAAAGUUUGAGGACCCUUGGUAGACUAUUGUAAAUGGCAAAUAGGCCGUGCCUCUUUUCUGAGUAACUCACAGGGGCAUCGAAAUGAUUGAUGUUCAAAGAGCCAAUCACCAUGUCCAGUGAUUUCUGUUCCUCUUCAUCAGGGGCACACUGGUAAACUUUUAACAGCCAACUCUCUAGGGGCUACACACUUUUAAAUUUUGUCUACAUCAAUAUUUUCUCCAUCAUUCUCAAGUCUAGAUAAUCAACAAAACAGUAAAUUAAGUCAUGAUUUGUAACUUUUGCUGGUUUCCAAGGUAUAAAUGCUCAUGCUGCAAAUUUCACAAAGAACUGGUUAGAACUGGCUCCAGCAGAGUCCUUUAUGAGAACAUGAUGAAGUUGCAGAGAUAAUCAUGCUUUAGAGACUGUGGUGCCUUCAGAGCUGAACUGUCCAUCGCUGAUUUUAAAAUGAAAAUAUAAAUGAUUUUGCUUUUCUAAAUAUAUUUUGGACACUGCCACAUAGAGAACUCACGCCAAUUAACUAAUUUUGCCUUAAAGAAUGUGAUGUUGAACAGGGCUACAGGAAGCUGGGGGGGACUUUUGGACUCUAGAGUUCACUCUAGAACCAAUCAGUGAAGCUUGACUUUGAUGUUCAUUGAAAGAAAGAAUUCAAAUAUGAGAAUUAACAGGAAGAUCUUAGCUUUAUAAUAUGGAAAAACAGUAGGGGGGGCUGCAAUGUCAUCAUAAUAGGUGGUUUGGAUUACUCAUAAAUGUGAUGUAAUUUUAAAUGAUGGGAAGUGCCUUUCAUUUUUCUCAUUGUUCCUCUAGAUAUUUAACUUGCAUUAAAUUUACAAUACAGGAACAAACACCCUCCCCUCCCGCCCCCAACAUUAUUGUUGACUGAGCAGGAAGAGCCUCUUUGGGAGGAGAAAUCACUUUUCUGGCCAAAAAUAGAUGUGAUUUCUCAUCUGAGAACCAUCCUUAAGCGAGAGCAUUGUGUAGGUUAAGAAAUUAAGUUUACAGGAAAGUAGUAAAGUUGGUUGCGAAGCUAUGAGUAGGGAGACUCUGACGUUGGAACGUGAGUGAGUGCAAGUGAAGAAGUGAUUGUGAAACUGUAGAAAAAAAGGAAGAGUUUAUAUUGUUGAAUUUGUAAGUUAUUCACUGGGGAAUGCGCAGGUCCCUUCUGGUUUUGUUUUCUUUUCUAACCAAUCAGAUUUUUCCUAAAGAGUUUCAAGAAAGGCAGCCUGUGGUGACGGGACUCUCCUUGAAGAAGCUUCCCUUGGAGAAAACGUGGCUGUCACUUCCAUUCUUGUUCUGCUUCUUAGAACCCAUUCAUUCCGAAAUGCCUCUGAAAGGUCCAAUCUCUGUCUCGGGUUCAUUCAAAGUAGUUUUCCCUCCUCUGUCCGCUUGUUAAGUGAUUUCCCAGGAUUGCCAAGUGACCUGCUAACAGUGUGCAUGAGAGUCAUUGAUAUGUAUCUUAAGGAAGACACUGGUUUCCCUUGUGAUUGUUUAUAUUUUUAAAGAUUUUGAGGGGAAAGUCUGUUGAGCAAUCUUUCCUUACUCCAACCUUAGAAAACUCAGAAUGUUUGUUUUGUUUUACAAAAACUGUGCUCAUCCUCUUCUCCCCUUUCCACCAUUUGCUUGUUACUUUUUCAUUUAACAAUAAAUUAUCUGAAAUGUA